AUGGCGGAGGACGCUUCUUCUCGACGAGAGGCUUGUGCGCGCUGCCGACGGCCGCCGCGCGUCUGCUACUGCGCGUCGCUGCCAGCUCAGCCGCUGGCCACCGAGCUCACGCACGUGCUGGUGCUGCAGCACAAGCAUGAGAAGCGGCGGCGUGCAGCCAUCUCGUCCGUGCCGGUGCUGGCUCAGACGCUGGAGAGCGUGACGCUCGUUACAGUGGACGACGACUGCGACUGCGGCCCCGGCGUGGACGAGCGGCUCGACGCCUUGUUGUACGAUGAAGGAGGGGGCGGAAGCUUCGACGCGGCCAUGGUGCUGUUCCCGGACGAGCACGCGCGACCGCUGCAGGUUGCGAGUGGCGAAGAGACAGGAGAGGGGAGUGCUGAUGCUGCAGUGAAGCGCGUGCUGCUCGUAGUCAUCGACGGCACGUGGAAGGAGGCCAAGAAGAUCGCGCGGCGCAAUCGGGAGCACUGGGAGAAGGCUGCGCGCGACUGGGAGGCACGUGGCGCCGGGCUGCACUACAUCUGCCUGGACAGCGAGGAAGGCGCGGCGGACGCAGCUACAGCUCCGCCCAAGCGUAGCAUCUACGGCGACUUGAGGCGGUGA